UCUAAUUUCCUCGUUCAUUCCCAGCCCCAAAGAGUUAUUUAACUUUCCUAGUUUCUACCUUUGUUGAUCUAUUCGGUUUCGCAAAGCAGCCUCCACAUCGCAGAAUUUGAAGUAAAGAAAUAUUACGAUGGGAGGUUGUGCAAGCAGACCCAAGGAUUUGAACUCCGCUCCAGCUACCCUUCCUGGAGAAAACGUCGUUUCUGAGCCAGCCAUUAAAGAUGUCGAGGUUGAAACCCCUGCCGAGGAGAAAAAGACCGGAGAUGAAGUUCAAAAGGAAGAACCAUUGGUAGAUCUUUCAGAGCCAACUAAGGAACCAGAGGUUGAAACUGAAGAACCCAAGGAUGCUAUCAAGGAUCUUGUUUCUGAGAUUACUGUUCCAUCAGAUGAGAAGAAAGAUGAAGAACUCAAAGUUGAGGCUGUUAAUGAAACCGCAGAGGAUGAACAAAAACCAGUAGUAGCUGAGGUGACUUCAGACGAGACAGUUGAAUCCGAAGCUGUGGUCGUCGAGGAGAAGAAAGAUGAUGCACCUCUAGUUGUUGCUUGAUAAUUUCAUUCUCUCAAAACUAACAAAAUAAAGAGUCUGUAAUGUAAAGGAUUUGCAAGAAAUAGAAAUAAUGCAUGUACUCUACUACUCAGAUAUGAUUGAAAUGUUUAUGUAGCAAGAUCUUCAUGCUAAAACGAUUCAGCUGCUAUUUAAGUUUCUAUAUUGUAUUCUACUUCAGUUCCCAUUA